UUAUUGGGAACAGUUUAUUGGGAAAAUGUAGUGUAGUGUAUAGCGACAUUUUACCUCAGAAGCCGAUGACUGGAGUGAGAGGGGCAUGCGCACUGCUGUGUACUGUAACACCGCCUACUACAUGCUAUCCUCCAAUAGCAUACGGCGGUGACACAGCAGCAGCAUCACGCCUCCUGCACAGAUCGGCUUCCCGAGGACAAGGUAAGGUGAGGGGGAAUCCGCUGCCACUCUGCCUGAGAAGCCUGGACACGGGGCGGGGGAGGGAUGAUGCAGUCGCCUGAGAAGCCUGGACACGGAAGGUCCCGGGGGACCCGCUGCCGCUCUGCAACUUCUUCUAUUCGCACCAU